AUGGCGGGAGCAGGGAGAGUUGUCAGAAAUGUAUUGGGCCAAAUCAUAGUGGGCUUUUAUGAGAACCUUGUGGUUUCUACCAGCCUUGCAGCGGACUUAUGGGCCUUGAGGUCUGGACUUUGGGAUAUAGCUGGCAAAGCAACGAGGAAUUCAAAGGCUGGAAAUAAAUGUAGAAGCACAGACACAAGGGUCACCCAGGAAAUGAGGGGAGACCAACAAAUGUGUGAACAUCCUAACCAGGUGGAAGGUACAAGCGAGAGAAGGCCUCCCUAUUUGUACUUCCCUUUAGAAUGUAUUAAUGAACAACUUAGUGCUGAUGGUAUGGGGUUUCCUACCCUAGAUUAA